AUGGCUGAAAUGUCUCUGUUUGAGACUGGGCUCACUCCUCUGGAGUUCUGGAGUGAUCUGAUUUUCAGCAAUAAAGAUAUCCAAUUAGUUAAGGUGAUUCUAAUUCUGACAAAGCUGUAUGACUACAACCUGGGAAGCAUCACAGAGAGCUCUCUUUGGAGGUCAACAGAUUAUGGGACAACAUAUGAGAAACUGAAUGAUAAAGUUGGUCUGAAGACUAUUUUGAGCUACUUGUACGUUUGCCCAACAAACAAACGUAAGAUUAUGCUGCUGACUGAUCCAGAAGUUGAAAGCAGCUUAUUAAUCAGUUCUGACGAAGGAGCCACCUAUCAAAAAUACCGUCUGAACUUCUACAUCCACAGUCUGCUCUUCCACCCCAAGCAGGAAGAUUGGAUCUUAGCCUACAGCCAAGAUCAGAAGUUAUUCAGUUCAGUGGAGUUUGGCAGAAGAUGGCUGCUUCUUCAUGAGGGAGUUGCACCAAACAGAUUCUACUGGUCUAUGAUGGGGAAUGGUAGAGAGCCUGAUCUCGUGCACCUGGAGGCAAAGACAGCGGAUGGUCAUGCCCAAUACAUCACCUGCAAGAUGCAGAACUGCAGUGAAGCCACUCGCAGCAAACCCUUUCCAGGCUAUAUCGACCAUAACUCCUUGAUCGUCCAGGGUGAUUAUGUCUUUGUUCAGUUGACAUCAGGAGGAAGACCACAUUAUUACGUUUCUUACAGGAGGAACACAUUUGCACAGAUGAAGCUGCCAAAGUACUCCUUGCCCAAGGACAUGCAUGUUAUCAGCACAGAUGAGAAUCAGGUGUUUGCAGCUGUACAAGAGUGGAACCAGAACGACACGUACAAUCUGUACAUCUCCGACACCCGAGGGAUCUACUUCACCCUGGCCUUGGAAAAUGUCAAGAGUAGUCAAGGGCUGGAGGGGAAUGUGAUGAUUGACCUCUAUGAGGUAGCAGGGAUAAAGGGAAUGUUCUUGGCUAACAAGAAGAUUGACAACCAAGUGAAAACUUUCAUCACCUACAAUAAAGGGAGAGACUGGAGUUUGUUGCAGGCUCCACACACGGAUCUGAGAGGAAAUCCCAUUCACUGUCUCCUACCCUAUUGCUCCCUUCAUCUUCACUUGAAGGUCUCAGACAACCCCUAUACCUCAGGAAACAUCGCCAGCCGAGACACUGCCCCCAGUAUUAUUGUAGCUUCAGGUAAUAUAGGCACUGAGCUAUCAGACAAUGACAUCAGCAUGUUUGUUACUUCUGAUGCUGGGAACACUUGGAGGCAGAUCUUUGAGGAAGAGCACAGUGUUCUCUACUUGGAUCAAGGUGGAGUACUUGUUGCCAUGAAACACACAUCUCUACCUAUCAGACACCUCUGGUUAAGUUUUGAUGAAGGGAGAUCUUGGAGCAAGUACAGUUUCACAUCCCUCCCACUAUUUGUAGAUGGAGUUUUAGGGGAACCUGGAGAGGAAACUCUCAUCAUGACUGUGUUUGGACAUUUCAGCCACCGCUCAGAGUGGCAGCUGGUGAAAAUAGACUACAAGUCCAUUUUUGAUCGGAGAUGUGCAGAAGAGGACUACAGGCCUUGGCAACUCCAUAGCCAGGGAGAAGCUUGCAUCAUGGGAGCCAAAAGGAUCUACAGGAAGCGCAAGUCAGAGAAGAAAUGCAUGCAAGGAAAAUAUGCUGGGGGUAUGACCUCGGAGCCAUGUGUGUGCACGGAGGCUGACUUUGACUGUGAUUAUGGAUAUGAACGUCACAGCAAUGGCCAGUGUUUACCAGCAUUUUGGUAUAACCCAUCUUCCUUGUCAAAGGACUGCAGCCUUGGACAGAGUUAUCUCAACAGCACUGGAUACCGGAAGGUUGUUUCCAAUAACUGCACGGACGGUGUGCGGGAACGGUACACGGCAAAACCACAGCAGUGCCCCGGCAAACCCCCCCAGGGCCUGCGCAUAAUCACGUCUGAUGGCAGACUGACAGCUGAGCAAGGACACAAUGUCACUUUCCUGGUGCAGCUGGAAGAGGGAGACCUCCAGAGAUCCCUCAUUCAGGUGGAUUUUGGAGACGGCAUUGCUGUGUCAUAUGCCAAUCUCAGCUCAACAGAAGAUGGGAUCAAGCACAUCUAUCAGAACGUGGGCAUAUUCCGGGUGACUGUGCUGGUGGAAAACAGCCUGGGUUCUGACAACGCUGUCCUCUACCUGCACGUAACGUGCCCCUUGGAACAUGUUCACUUAUCUCUGCCCUUUGUGACCACGAAGAACAAGGAGAUCAAUGCCACAGCAGUACUGUGGCCAAGCCAAGUGGGAACGCUUACUUAUGUCUGGUGGUUUGGGAACAACACAGAGCCACUGAUCACAUUGGAAGGGAGUAUCACAUUCACAUUUUCUGUAGAAGGCAUGAACACCAUCACUGUUCAGGUCUCAGCAGGAAACACCAUUCUUCAGGACACAAAGACUGUUGCAGUGUAUGAGAAAUUUCAGUCCCUGAGGUUAUCAUUCUCUCCGAACCUUGAUGACCACAACCCAGAUAUCCCAGAAUGGAGAAGGGACAUGAGCAGAGUAGUCAAGAGAGCUCUGGUGGAGGUGACAGGUAUUUCAAGCAAGCAUGUUCUGGUCGCAGUGCUCCCUGGUCUGCCCACAUCUGCUGAACUCUUCAUUUUACCAUAUCAAGAUGGCACAGGAGAAAAAAAAAGAACAGCAGCAGACCUGGAGCAGAUUUCUGAAUCACUGAUCCAGAAACUGAACCAAAAUCUGGUCCAUUUUGAGUUGAAGCCAGGAGUUCAAAUCCUUGUCCAUGCUGCCCAUUUAACAGCGGCUCCCCUAGUGGACCUCACUCCCAGUCACAGUGGUUCAGCUAUGCUGAUGCUCCUCUCUGUCGUUUUUGUGGGACUAGCUGUGUUUGUAAUCUACAAGUUCAAAAGAGCAACCCCAGGCCACAGUCCAGAACCCAAGGAAAGGAAAUGCAACCAAGGUAGUCUGGACAGAGGACUUCCAAAAAGCUUGUGGAUCACCAAGAGGUUUCAAGCCAAGACCCGGAGCGGAAGUAUUUCCACAGCUGCUGAGUCCCAGAGCACAAAAGAAAUCCCUACCUAUGUAAAUGGUUGAAUUGAGGACACCAAUAUCUGUAUCUAAAAAAGGAGGAGAGCUCACUGCAUUUGGACUUUUUAAUUCUUCAGAUGACAAAGGGUUUUUAGCUUUAAGCCUGUGCAUGUGGACAUUAUACUGAGAUCAUAGUGGAACUGCAUUGUACAGGUGUUCAAUUUUAGUGGGGGGUGGGGGGAGAGGAACUGGUACCACUAUUCACUCCUGCGGCCCUUCCCCUCACCCUUUCACUCUCUUUUUUCUGAUCUGUCUCUAAUUUGUAGAAAAUUCAUAAUGAUAUAGGCCAAGAAUAUGCA